AUGAAUAAUCCACUUCCACAAUAUGACUACUACAAAGCCUUAGAAAUCACUCCGACUGCCUCUUCUGAAGAGAUAAAGAAAGCUUAUAGGAAACUAGCUUUAAAAUGCCACCCCGAUAAGCAUAAGCAUGAUAAGGCUUCCAUUAAUGAUAUCAAUAAUCAAUUUAUUUUGAUAAGUGAAGCUUAUACAGUUCUGGUAGAUGAACGGUCUAGAGAAAGAUAUGACUAUAUUCGUUGUAUGGGAAAAACUCCGGAACAUGAAGAAGAAGUUAACCCAUUGCACGAGAUAUUUCGCGAAAUAAUGUCUAAAAAGGAACUGAUAAAUGAGCUUUACGAAUCAUUUACAAACUUUGCUGUAUCAAUGUGCUGGAUAACAAAUUCUGAAAUUAAAGAUAAGCUAUACAGUACAUUUGAAAAAGAAAUAUCAUUAAUUGAAUCAAUUAUUCUUAAUGAAGAAGUUAAUCUUUGCGAACAAACUUCAAAUGAAAACCUUUCUGAUUUUGAAUUUUCAACUAAUUAUUUACCCGAAGACGAUAUUGUUCAAAUUAUGGAAAGUCCUCAAUGGAUAUUGAUCGAUAAAGAAAUAUUAAUAUUUACAAAAUUUGCUGAAUCCCACAUGUUGCUUGUUGAAUCGGUUACAAUUUUUGUUUAUCCAUUGAUGAUGGCUUGUACUUAUGGGACUUGGAAAGUGGACCAAAGAGUUAGCUUAUUGCAUAGAGUUACGGCAUUAAUGACAAAAAUUAUACAAUAUCUUGAAUUCAUGAAUCAAUUAACAAAAACGGAUGUAAAAGAAUUUGAAUCUAUUGCUAAUAAGAUGGAAACUGAGAAUAUUCAAACACAUGUUACAAAUUUAAAAUUUCACCCAAUUAUAUCCAAAAUUGGCAAGGGUCGAUUUGGGCAGAAUACUUAUCCUCUAAUUAGUAUUGCGGCUUGGCUUGGACCAUCUCUUGCCGGACAAUCACUUUACUGGACAAUUUUGUCAGUUUUUCUUUAUAGUAUACUAAUUUCGCAUCAUAAUGAAGGAGAUUUGGAUAACUUUCAGCAAUUCUUGGAUCUUUUUGAAGAAAUCAUUUCUCUUUUGGAUCAUAUAAAAAAUAGUUCAGAACGAAUAAUUAAAUAA